AUGUAUUAAAACACUUUGCAAAAUUCAAUAAAAAAGCCUGACAAAUUAACCACAUCAGAUACUAAAUAUUCUCAGUAAUCUUAAGAUUCAUAUUAUAUAAAAAAUAAAUAACAAAUCGCACUAGCAAUUCCAAGUUUUAGAACUCUAAUUACUUCAAGAUGCAAAACAUAAUAAACUAUUGAAAUAUAAUAAGAUAAAUCACCAACAACAACAUAAAGAAGAAUUAUUAAAAAUAAAGAAGAACUUGCAGAUAAACUUAUACCAAGAUCAGAUGAAAUCCUUGAGAUAUAUAAUGAAUUCGAAAAAAAUUACAAUCAUGUAAAAAUGUUGAACUAAUUGACAUCUGAAUUAAAUUAUUUGGAUCCAUAGUUAUAUGAUUCUUUAAAUAAAUAGUUAUAACAAAAUCCUAUAUAAGUACCUAGUAAUCAUAACAAUUACCUUACCUAAUAUGAUCUAAAUUAUUAAAUGAAAUUGGAUAUUUAACGAUUUAGAUUUCAGUAUUAUAGAAUUAGAAUCAGAAAUUAAGAAUCUCCUAUUCAGAUUACAUUUUUAAGUUAAAAUGCAUAAAUAAAUAGUAUAAGAUCAUAUUUUUCUUUAAAAAUUGAAUUUCCAACAAAAUUUAAUGCCGAUUAUCAAGUAAACAGUAAAACAAUUAGAAUUUUCUCAAACAAUUCUACUCAAUUUUUUACUGAAGACUAUUUAUUUAUGACAUUAUAUUCACAAAAUGAUUUUAUAUGUACCGUUGUUGUCACUUUCGGAUUUGAGAGAAAAUAAAAAAUUAAUAAAUAAUAUAAAGCUUAAUCUUUAUUCGAGGAUUUUAAACCAAGAAAAAAAAAACACAAAACUUAGCCAAAAUAUUAACAGCCAGAAAUUCGAUUAUAGAAUCUUCUAAAUCCUGAAACAUUAUAAUUAAUAAAAUCAGAACGUUAGAUAAGAUAAUAAAAAGUUCUUAAUAAUGGAAAAAUGAUCAUUGAAGAAAAACUAUUAGAUAAAAAGAGUAAAUUAUUUGUUAAAGAUUAAAUAAUAAAAUAUAGAGAAAUUGAAAAAAUGACCAAAUAAAAAUAUUAAUAUAAAAAUGCACUUCAAAAGGCAUGGUUAAAAUGUAUCUUUACAACUGUUUUUAUUCAUAAUAUAAAUUAUUUUUUUAUGGUAAGGUUUUUAUAAAUAAUUUAGUGUUAAAAAAAAUAAAUACGACUUGAAGCCAAAGGUAAAUUACUCGUUUGGUAAUUAUAAACAAAAUCAUUAAUUUCAAUUAAAGACUUUGGAGAAACUCCAACUGAAAGAACUCUAUUUAAGUCAUCACUUUCAUUAAAUGCUAUUUGUAGAAUAUUAAAGAAAUCUACUUAUUAUAAGGCAAAAAAAGUUGUUACUUCUUAUUUAUAAUCUAUUAUAUUGAAUAUAAGUGUUUUAAAUAAAUAUUAAAGAUGGAUGGCAAAGAGUAAAUUGAUAUUUUAAUUUAGUAAUUUCUAUCUAAAGAAAUUUUAGGAGCAUGAAAAGUAAAAAAAGAAACUUUAAGGAGAAGUUAUGGCGAUAAAUAAAAGAAGAGUUUGAUAAUAUAAUAUUUGAAUUUGCUUAACUUAAAGGUAUAACCUCAUAUUAUGAUUAUGAAGAGAGAUCUCAUAUACAUAUAGAUACGUAGAUAUUUAUUUAUUUUAUUUUUAGAGUUUUAAUGUUUUCAUUAUUAGAUGAAUAUGCUUAACGAAAAAAAGAGAUGUGGUAAAAGUAUAUCCAUGAUACUUUUGUUGUAAAUAAUCCUAAAAAUGUAUUUCAAUUUAUUAAAAAUAGAAACUAAUAAGCUUGGCUAUAAAUUUUAAAAAACCAUCCCUAUUCUAGUUACCAAAUGAAUUCGAGAUAAGAGAAAUAAUUGAAAAGUAUGCAGUUAUCAAAAAACUUAUAUGA